CUCUUCUCUUCGUUCCUCUUAUAAAUAUCAGCAGUGGCACACGCCCUGGGCUCAUACCACCUCCUUCUGUGUAUAUUCUAUCUUCUUACCCUCUCUCUGUAUACCAUUUGCCAUGUCCUCAUCAAGCUCAUCGUCUUGGACUCCCAAGCAAAACAAAUUGUUUGAGAAUGCUUUGGCUAUCUAUGACAAGGAAACCCCUGACCGCUGGGUCAAUCUAGCCAGGGCUGUGGGUGGCAAAACCGUGGAGGAGGUGAAGAAUCAUUAUGAGUUAUUGGUUGAAGAUGUUAGGCAGAUAGAAUCUGGCCAAGUUCCUUUGCCCAAUUACAGAAAAGCUGGCAAAGGCUACAAUAACUACAUGGAUGAAGAACAAAGGCUGAAGGGUCUCAAGCUGCAGUGAAAUAUAUAUAUGAAUCAGAACAUCCCACCAUGCGAAUAAGGAUCCAUUACCCUUCAAGUUAUAAGGGCAUGCAGUCCUAGGUAACAAGAAAGCAUGAAAUGCAAAUUAGAUUUCUGUCUCUACUUCGCUCUGCCAGCUUUUAAUUUCUCACUAAAAUAUUAUGUAUAUUUCCUUAAGAUGUACCAAGGUUGAGUCAUCAAUUGCUCGUA